AUGCAAUUCCUCUAUGGCCUAAAUGAUCAAUAUAGCAACGUUCAAUCUCACAUUCUUCUCAUGGAUCCACUUCCUCAAAUCACUAAAAUUUUCUCUUAUGUGGUUCAACAGGAACGACAAUUGCAGGGAAGGAAUUUUGCUGGAAACAUCUUUAUUGAAGGUAGACCUACAUGCACUUUCUGUGGAAAGGUUGGACACAAUGAGAGUUCAUGUUUUAAGAAGCACGGUUUCCCUGAAUCCAAGGGAAAUAAAUCCAACUAUGGCAAAGGAAACAAAACUUGCUCUCACAGUGGAAGGAGUGGUCAUACUAUUGAUUCAUGCUACAGAAAACAUGGUUUUCCACCUGGUGUUAAAACGCAAGCCAAGAAUGGACACCCCAAUGUAAAUAGCACAUUGACUGAAGAAGGAAAGAAAGACUCUGAUCAGACUCAGAAAGGUGAGGAACAAGAGUUUCGUCUCACAGCCCAGCAAUAUCAUUCCCUGAUAGCCUUAAUGCAACAGUCUCAAUUUGGUGGCUCGAGUUCACCACAAAUCAAUCAAAUAAGCUCCUCUAUGUCCACAUCCGUUCAACCUUCCAAUGGUAAUCUCGUUCUACUUAACAUCAACACUCAUCACACAAAGGCAUUUUGGGACUUGAACACAUUGAAGAAGAUUGGUAUAGUUGAGAUGAGCAAUGGAUUAUAUAUUUUGAAUGCCAAACCUGUCACCAAUCCACCUUCCUGUUCUGCUGUUACUCAUCCUGAUUUUAGCAUUAUACCUAUAGAUCUAUGGAAUUUUCGUUUAGGAAAUCCUUCAU